AAAACGCUCAUGUGACUUCCGGAAGGCAGCACGAAAGCGAAAUGAUGUGUGUGGUGAUGUGAACGCAGUUGGUGGUAAAUGGCUCGUGAAGCCUACGCCCACUAAAAGGAUUGUAAAAUGUCAGCCAACAUCCAAACGUCGCAUCGCUCUGUCUGCAGACCUGCUUGUGCACACUUAGAAGACGAAAGGAACAUCGACCUUCUAGACCAUGCUACCACCUCACGUUCCACGGAGGAUAGUUACAGUGACCAUGGAAACGGAGAUACAGAUCAUUUACCGAAGAAUCCUGCUUAUGAAGACAUCCCGACGCAAGAGCGCAUGAGAAGAAAACUUCGCUUCUUUUUCAUGAACCCCAUCGAGAAAUACCAGGCCAAGGGCAGGGUCCCAUGGAAGCUGACAAUCCAAGUCACGAAGAUAGUGCUGGUUACCGCGCAGCUGGUUUUGUUUGGUACGGACAGCUAUUCCUACCAGCAGCAACACAGGGACACGACAAUCGCUCUGCACCACAUAUUCCUCAGCGGUUGGGACAGCGUGCGCGAGGUUGCCGCGUACCCUCCAGCUGCUGGACCGUACGCGGUGUACACCAAGAGAGAAUUUUACGACCACGUUAACCAAGUCGUGAAAAUGUACUCAAACAUUACAACGUCAGCGAUCGGAUCUUUCGGGUACGAUUCACCUCAAGGUUCGCUUGUCCCCAUGAGGAUCUGCAAGAAAUUCUAUCGAACGGGUUAUGUCUGGCCUUUCAACGAUACGUUGAUAUUCGACAACCACGCUGUGAGGAAAUGCUUGCCAAUCGACGGGUUUCCAGCGAACGAUCCGCGCUGGAAGAACUUUCGCAUUGACCAGUACCUGGGAGAGCACAACUUCAGCAUCAUCUUUCAGAGGCUCAUUGAAGUUAAACUAAAAUUUACGCUCAAAACCGUUUUUCUGAAGAGCCUGAGCAAAUACGACAUGCCCGACUGCUACAGCUACAACGUCUCUAUCGUGUACAACAAUAAGGCACACGAUGGGCAGCUUUUAAUCUCGCUGGAAAUGGUUUCUACCAAAUUAGCGUGCCAUACAAACGUCCUGUCCUCGACCUCAAACCGGUUCGAGUACGGCUGUCGUCAAGCCGUCAACGCAAUUGUCAUCUUAAAUUGCAUCUCAUCGCUCUUGCUGUGCACAAGAUCGUUAAUGCGCGGCCAAAAACUUCGAAAGAAGACUGUGCUAUUUUUCGAAACUGUGCUCCACAAGAAGCUGACCUGGUCCGAUAAACUCGAAUUUGUGGACUUCUGGUACGUGAUGAUAAUCGUAAACGACGUCCUCAUUGUUGUGGGAUCGUGCUUCAAGAUCCAACUCGAACAGCAGAUCAUCGACGGCCAGCAGUACAAUCUGUGCUCGACGCUCCUGGGCAUGGGAAACCUGCUGGUGUGGGCCGGGGUGUUGAGGUACCUCGGGUUUUUCAAGAAGUACAACAUCCUCAUCCUGACCAUGCGGCGCGCCUUGCCCAACAUCCUCCGGUUCCUGCUGUGUGCCGUCCUCCUGUACGCCGGGUUCUGCUUCUGCGGCUGGGUCGUCCUCGGGCCGCACCACAUCAAGUUCCGCUCGCUGAGCAUGACGUCCGAGUGCCUGUUUGCGCUCAUGAACGGCGAUGACAUGUUUGCCACCUUCGCCAUCUUGGACCCAGACAGCGUUAUCAUCUGGUGGUUCUCCAGGUUCUAUCUCUACCUGUUCCUGAUACUGUUCAUAUACUGCGUCAUCAGCCUGUUCCUGUCUGUCAUCAUGGACUCCUACGAGACCAUCAGGGAGAUCCACGAGCACGGGAUGCCGCCGGGCGACCUGCAGACAUUCAUCUCCGAGUGCAGCGAUCACGCGUCCAGCGGUGCGUUCAGGAAUGACGACAAGCGGAAGAAGCAGAGGACUUUUGGGGACUACUUCUUCUUUUUUCGGAGGGUGAGGAGCGGGUACACGGCUAUAUGAAACGGGGGUGGACUAGUAGAAAAGCGGAAAAAAUGGGGUAGCUGCUGAAAAACUGCAGCCUCAGAACAGGAACGUGGAACAGUGCUGUUACCCAUGGCUGAGCGCUGUGCGCCGUGUCGAGGACCAAAACCGUUCCCGGACCAAAUCCGUUGUGCAACGUUAGGCCGUACGUUGCACAACGUUAGUCGAGUUUCUUCGCUGUGGACCAAUACCGCUUUUGCCGUCUUUGUGUGCCCAGAACACGAAACGGUGCGACAUCUCAGGUAAUUUCUGUGGACGUUAUUGUAGACGAGCACUCGUACGUGUACAUUAGUAUUUAAAGAGAUGCACAGAUUUAUAGAGAUGCAAAUACUUCCACACAGGUUUUAUUUUUUGUGUCUGAACACGUUACUGAACGUAGGUUCCCUGUUAUCUGUUGGCUGCUUGCAUUGUGGUUGAGAGCAGCUCUAAAUUCUAUUCUUUCAAGCAAGUGUACUGUGGAGUAUGUAACUCUCAGAGUCACUGUUCAAAUACUCUAAAUAUAUAUAUAUAUAUAUAUAAGUGUACAUAAGCCAUACAUACAUACAUCAAUGUCAAUAUCUGCCUGAAGCGAAACACGAUAUACUGAGGCAUAAAGCGGCGCUAUAUAUUUACACGUUUCAUGCCGCAGCUUGAAAAAGUGUAAAGAGUACAAGUAGCAGGCUAGCAUAAAAUGAACAAACUAUCAUCUUGUAUGCAUCUGUUCACUUUCUUAAUAUUAGUCGCACCAUGUUUUGCAAAGCAGAGUGUGUACAGAUCGGCUGCUGUACAUUGCUGUCGUUAUGUUGCAGCAGGAUCAAACUCUACCUUUUUGUACAGUGUGUCUGACUUUUCUGACUCAGCAGCUAUGCAUUUCGUUUCAACACACAGAUAUUGUUGCAAGCAAUAAAGUGAGCUCUACAGUUCACGAAGGUUCCGA